GUCGCUGUGUCUUCACACUGCAGGGGUCUGAACUAAAGUUAUAUAGCUCAAAGAAGAGCAGAAGGAAGAAGAGGAAAAGGGAAGUCAAUGGCUGUUGAGUAUACGUGCUGCGAAACAGGGUUUUUCAUUCACAUAGGAAUCAUCGCUUUGCUAGUGUUGUUCGCUGGGAUGAUGUCUGGCCUCACCUUGGGCCUCAUGUCGAUGAGCCUGGUCGAGCUUGAAGUUAUUAUCAAGUCUGGAACCCCCAGUGAUCGUAAACAUGCCGCGAAGAUACUGCCAGUCGUGAGAAGGCAGCAUUUACUGCUUUGCACCCUUUUAAUCUGCAAUGCUGCUGCAAUGGAGACACUUCCCAUUUUCCUGGAUAGUUUGGUCACAGCAUGGGGAGCUAUAAUUAUUUCGGUGACCUUGAUACUUUUAUUUGGUGAGAUUCUACCCCAAGCUGUUUGUACUCGAUAUGGUUUGGCAAUUGGUGCAGCAUUGGCUCCAGUUGUCCAGAUACUUGUUUGGAUUUGUUUUCCUGUUGCACAUCCAAUUAGCAAGUUAUUAGAUCUAUUGCUGGGAAAAGACCAUGAUCCACUUUUUCGUCGAGCUGAAUUGAAAACAUUAGUUGAUUUGCACGGCAAUGAGGCUGGAAAAGGAGGAGAACUUACGCGGGAUGAGACAAUGAUCAUUGCAGGAGCACUUGAACUUACAGAGAAAACAGCAAGGGAUGCGAUGACUCCUAUCUCUGAAACUUUUGCAAUUGACAUAAAUGCCAAACUCGACAGGGAUCUGAUGAAGCUAAUUUUGGAGCAAGGGCAUAGCAGAGUGCCAGUUUAUUACGAGCAACCGAUAAACAUCAUCGGACUUAUAUUGGUGAAGAACUUACUGACUAUCCAUCCAACUGACGAGGUGCCUGUAAAGAAUGUCACUAUCCGCAAGAUUCCAAGGGUCUCAGAAACAAUGCCGUUGUAUGACAUAUUAAAUGAGUUUCAAAAAGGUCAUAGCCAUAUGGCUGUUGUUGUUAGAGAGCACAGUGACAUUGCACAGUCGGCUACCGAAAACCGAACUGACGUAAGAGAUGUGAGGUUGGACGUUCAUGGUGAAAGGCAUCCCCAAGAGAAAAUUUUGAAGAGCAGGGGAGCACUCAAGAAGUUGAAAAAUGUACCUGGCGACGCCAAUGGUAAUAAAGGUCUCUCAAAGAGCAAGAAAUGGUCAAAGGACUUUCACCCAGAAGUCCUGCGUAUCAGUGACGAGCCACUCCCGAAUUUCACCAAAGAAGGAGAAGCUAUUGGCAUUAUAACAAUGGAAGAUGUCAUUGAAGAGAUCAUACAGGAAGAAAUCUAUGACGAGACGGAUAAUCGCGACAUGGGUUAGUAAUUCGAGAGCUUCAGCUACUACAAAGACAUACAGAGAAUACAACAUUGGUUUUUAAAUCAGAACGAUUACUGAUUGUAGGAAAGAUGAUAAAGGAAAAGUUGUACAAUGACUCUAUAGCCUCUGGAAAUUAAUGAUUGACAGGAGAUAAAUAAAACAAAUUGAACUACAACGAAUUUCCUUUCUUUAACCAUGCUUACAUUUGAGGAACAAUUGCAUAAUUUUUUUUUUCUUGGGUACAUAGGAGAACAUGGAUACAUUGUACCUAACAAU